AUGCCUGCGCCCUCUGGUAACCUAAUUAUCAAACUUUUUUGGAUUCAGGCAACACUCUUAAUUAAAUUAUCAGUAAUUUGGAGUGCGGAGAUGCCGUUGGAGUUCAUAUGCGGCGCGAGCGCGGCGCUGGCGGCCGUGGCGCUAGCGCCUGCUGCACGCGCCGCCCGCAACGCGUACACGUUCCUGCGCCCGGCGCGGCGCCCCAAG